GGACAUGCUGCCCAUGUGAGUUGUGCUUAUAACAAGCUUUCAAUUCCCACUCGCUUUGAUGAUUGUGAAUACCGCAGCAGGAAUUCGACACUACAAAGAACUGAGCUUCGGUUAUCUAAAUUAUUACUUUCAGGUUUACUUGCUCAAUAUUUUGAAGAUAUCGACCCAAUCAGCGAAGGUAAAUUGCACCAGAACGCUUACAAGCCGUGCCUCACUCAAUAAAAACAUCGGGGAGAUGUGAUGUAGGGGUAUAUGAAACGUGAGAGGGCAAUGACCGGCUGUAUGUUCAGUGAUUUUAAAGCUGUCCACAAUGAGAUCUAUGGUUGUCUGGAUACUGUUGCUUGCUCUGGGCCUAGUGGAGGCAACCUUCGACUGUCGGCGGAUGUCUCAAGCCUGUGUCAAUGGGGUAUGCACCCUUGGUCAGCCAGUGUGCGAUUGCCAGUCGAGUGGGUUCGAGGGAUAUGAUUGUGCCCUGGAAUCAAGCUCUAAAACUACCUGCAGCAGCUGCACCGAGGGCCAGGGCACCUGCUACACAGAUGGGACGGCAGAGAAGUGCUACUGUGGCAGGGAGUACUAUGGAGAGACAUGCGAUCGGAAGAGAUUUGAUGUUUACUGCACCGAGAGUUUGAUGGUCAUUGGUAUUAACCCUUACGGAACCUUCGCCGGCAUUGCCUACAUUGAGGGUAUGAGGGGGACCCCAGCAUGUGAAUCGUUGGUGGUUCCAGUGAAUGCAUCUGACACUGACCAGCUGCCGGACACUUGGGAUGAAGGGCGCUAUAUUGAGGUGCUCCAUAACAGCAGUGAAUGUGGUUCUGCCGUCCUCGUAGAUCAUGGCAAUGGAACCCGGGAGUUUAUUAGGACCGCUGUUGUCCGUUACGACACGGAGAUGAUCUUACACGUGGAUGACCUCGUCACGGCCAGAUGUGUCAUGGAGGACAACGUGACUCUCACCGGAGCCAUCACUCUCAGCACCGCUCACGUCGGCCUAAAUCCUGUCCCCAUUUGGAACCCCCUUGGAGUCGCCAGAUUGUAUAUACUAUCGAAUGAUAUGCCUAUCACCAAUUCACUUGCCAACGGGAAGCCUGUUCUUAUUGGAGAGGAACUACGCUUUGUCAUUGGACUCGAAGGAGUAUAUACGCACAUGAGGAUCGAGUACGGCGAGGCUACUGACAACAGGACGGGGACCAACAAAACACUCGUCUUCAUCCGCAACGGAUGCAUGACCCCUGAAGCAAUGCCAGUGACCAAGGCGGCUCUCAAGCCUAACUCAGUUAACAUCACAGACCACUCAGAACUCGUUCUCUACGCCUUCCGGUUUGAAGGUAGUGAUGAGGUACUCUUCAGCUUCGACAUCAAAGUCUGUGUGUUGGCAGAUGCUGCUAGGUGUGCCCCUGCUACCUGUACAGGAGAUGAGGUGGGUUACGGGCGAAGGAGACGAGAUGCUGCAGCCACCACAACCCUAGAGCAGGUCAUCAAGAUUCGCGACACGGCCUCCACUGAAGACGACGACAGCGACCCGCCCGCCAUUGAGACGGAGUGUAGACCAUGGGAGAUAACUCUAACCCUUAUUGUAAUGGCCGUGGCACUGUUCUUCCUCCUCUUCGUCUGUGUCGUCCUCAUCGUCAUCAUUGUGAUGUCGCGUCGGCGUCGUUGCAGAAGUGAAUCCAUGACCAACUUGACUGCUUCGUCAGUGACGACGGAGAAGCCGCCACUGCCAUAGUUCUUUCUGGCAACAUGUCGCUGUUGACGAUGAAGGACUAAUCACCAAAACUAACGAACUUUUCAUAAGCUACGACAUGUCUUUUUUGCUUUCAUUUAAUACAUAUAUGUGUAUUGGGGCUCGACACGUUAUCAGUAUUAUAUAAUAACUUCGAGUAAAUCAACUUGUAAAUAUUGUAUUCAAUUACUAUUUAUUUAUACUAUUGCAACCCUUAAUACUGUUACAAAUUAUACUCUUUUUUACUGCAACAAUAAAUUCUGUUUCAAAUUAUACACUUUUUACUGCAACUAUCAAUACUGUUACAAAUUAUACUCUUUUUACUGCCGCUAUCAAUGCUGUAACAAACGAUAUUAUUUUUAAUCCUACUAUCAAUACUGUUACAAACGAUACCCUUUUUACUGCGACUAUCAAUGCUGUUACAAACUAUACUCUUUGUACUGCGACUAUCAAUACUGUUACAGAUUAUAUUCUUUUUACUCAGACUAUCAAUACUGUUACAAACGAUACUCGUUUUACUCCGACUAUCAAUACUGUUACAAACGAUACUCUUUUUCCUGCCACCAUCAAUACUGUUACAAACGAUACUCUUUGUACUGCGACUAUCUAGCUGUUACAAACUAUACUCUUUGUACUGCGACUAUCAAUACUGUUACAAAUUAUACUCUUUUUUACUGCAACUAUCAACACUGUUACAAACGAUACUCUUUUUUACUGCAACUACCACUACUGUUAAUACCAUAAUCCUUUGGACUUUUACUAUUAAUACCAUAAACCUUUGGACUUUGCUUUACGUUGUGACGAUGUAGACUGUCCCGUGUACAUAUAUAGGCAAUAAGCUUUGCGUAUAAUUAAUAACGGUCUGCUUGUAGAGCAAAUAUAAAACGUCAACGCCAGAGAAUAACCAUUCUCGAUCAUCUACCGAAACAGAUUCCACCGGGCGCAAGAAUGCAAAAUAAUGGUAAAAACCUCAGUAAGUGUUCGCUGAAAAUCUGUGAAGACACCAGGUGUUCGCGAAAAAUGAGGAAUUUUUGUAUCUAUGAUCGUCAUGGAAUAUAUGUGUAUGCAUGAAGUAUGCAAUAAAUUGUUGA